GUUAGGGGUUCAUUCACCAUUUUGUGACUGUAGUGGUAAAGGGACUCAGAGAGUUUUUCCCCUCCUUUGAGUUGCUGUGAGGAAAAAAAGACAUGUUUUACGGAGGAAAAAUAAAGUAAAGCCCGAACAGACAGCAGCCAUGGACGGCAGUGUGAUUUUAUUAAUAUUCGUAUUUGCCAUUUCAUCUGCGAACAGCGCCGUAAAUUUUUCUGUUGCCAACUGAAUCUUUCUAUUGGGUUUGGAACCGGGCAGGACGGAAAGAGGCUGCGAGAGAAAGAGGAAGAGAAGGGGGGAGUGAAAGAAGAGCAGAGAAACAAACAGAGAGAGGAGGACCCAAAGAGCCGCACUUCGAAGUAAAGGGGGAUCAAAGACGAGAAAGAAGGAGAGAAGAGAAAGAUGAAGCCGGUGAAGAAGCACGGAGGGCGAUCCCCGACCCGGGCCAAGGGGGGCAGGAGGCGGGGGGCCGAGGGGGAGAGGAGGGACAGACUGCAGGACAGCUCUGACGAGCAGACGCCGGCCACGCCCCCGCCUCCCCCGGCCAGGAGGCAGACCCCGCCCACAUCUCAGACCUCAGAGGAGGAGCCAAUCCGGGGCGGCGGAACCCCCGACAGACAGGGCCAGAGGGAGCAGGGCCUCGGGCGGCCGGAGGACCGGGAGAGGGCCGAGCACGAGCGGGGGGGCCCCCGGGCGGGGGGGCCGCACAGCAACGGCAGCAGCGCGGCCAGCGCGGGCGGCAGCCCCAACCCCUCCUCCAGCCGCAAAACCGCCACCUUCAAGGCCCGCGUGCCCAAGAAGAAGUACACCUACGAGCACUGCGGCCUCCCCCCCGCGCUCAGCAGUAACCAUAACAACAGCCACGGCGGCAGCGGCGGCAGCUCGGGCAGCCAGUCGGCGGCCCCCAGCACGGUGGCGAGCGAGGACAGCGCCGACGCCGACGCCCUGAGCCAGAGCAGCGGCCCGGCGGAGGGGCACCGGGCCGACGAGGGGCCGCCGGGGGAGGGCGAGCGGGAGGCGGGGGCCGAGGGGGAGGGGCCCAGCUCGGUGCGCUCCUCCUCCACGGACACGGCCAGCGAGCACUCCGCGGACCUGGAGCCCCUGGGGCUCCGCCCACAGCCCAGCCCCCUCCCCUCGCCGCCCGCCCCGCCCCCGCAGCCCAGCCCCCCGCCCUGGCGGGACGGCCUGCCGGGGGGGCUGGAGGACGCGCUGGCCAGGGGGCUGAAGAACCAGCGGGUGCUGGCCCGGCGGCGGCGGGCGGCUGGGCCCGGCGCGGGCCCGGAGGAGGGCGGCGGCCCCGCCCCGCCCUGCCCCGUGUUCUGGCCGGGCGUGGUGCGGCGGGUCAGCGGAGAGGAGCGCAGCGUGGGGGUGCAGCCCCACGGCCAGGCCGCCCUCUGCCACUACCCCUUCAAGGGCGCGGCGUCCCGCGACGCCGUCGACCUCAUCCUGGACGCCCCGCCCCCCGGCUCCGCCCCCGUGGCCAUAGGCACGCGGGUGUGCGUGGCGUUCGGGGGCGGGGCCGGCGAGGAGGGGGCGGGGCAGCUGUACCGGGAGGGCGUGGUCUCGCAGGUGGACCCGCACCCGGCCGUGUCCUUCCCGUACCGCGUGCUGCUGCGGGAGGACGGCGCCGUGCUGGCGGACCGCGCCGCCGCCGCCGAGCAGCGCAGCCGCGCCGGCGCGCAGGCCGUCUGGGUGUCCCGCCAGAGCCUGCGCCUCCUCAUCCCGCCCUGGGACCUGCCGCAGCCCGAGGGGGGCCGGGAGCGGGGGCGGGAGGACCGGGAGCGCGAGGAGAGGGAGCGCCGGGAGGACAUGGAGGUGGAGCGGGAGGUGAUCCAGCUCAGCAUCGGCAUGGCGCUGGGCGGCGUGGGCGGCGUGGGCGCGGGCGGCGCCAGGCUGGGCUGCGGCUUCCCUCCGGGGGGCGGGGCGGGCCCCCACUUCGGCUCCUCGGCCCCGCCCACCUCCGCCGGCCCCCCUAACUCGGCCCAGGGGCUGGGGAUGGACAGAGAGAGAGAGAGGGAGAGAGAGAGAGACAGAGAGAGGGAGCGGCAGAUGCUGAAACAGCCGCAGAGCGUGGAGGAGGACAUGGAGGUGUCCCACUUCAGCAUGGUCCCGCUGGCCGGGGGGGCGGGGGGCAAGCCCGGGGGGGUCCCUCAGCACCGCCACAUCCUCUCCAAGCCCCCCGGCUACCCCGGCCCCCACCUGUCCGUGGUGCGGGGCGUCGGCACGCCCCUGGGGGCCCACCUGAUGGCCGGCCCCCAGCCGCCCCCCUCCCCGGCGCUGCUGGGCCCCGAGGUGUGCGUGGGCCCCCCUCCCCACCUGCCCCCCCUGCCCCCCUCGGCGGGGCCGCGCGCCGACAAGGGCCCCCCGCAGGCCCCCCCCGCCCCCGCGGGCGGCCCGGGCUCCGCCCCCACGCGCUCGCGCACGCCCCUCACCGCCGCCCAGCAGAAGUACAAGAAGGGCGACGUGGUGUGCACGCCCAACGGCAUCCGCAAGAAGUUCAACGGCAAGCAGUGGCGGCGGCUGUGCUCGCGCGAGGGCUGCAUGAAGGAGUCGCAGCGCCGCGGCUACUGCUCCCGCCACCUGUCCAUGCGCACCAAGGAGAUGGAGGGCGGGGCCGAGCGCGACCGCGACCGCGACCGGGGCGGCAGCUCGGGCACCGCCACGCCCUCGGACCUGCGGCCGGGCGGCGGGCGGGCCAGCAGCGAGUUCGACUGGGACGACACGUCGCGGGACAGCAGCGAGGCCAGCAGCCGCGGGGGGGACUCGCGGCCCCGCCUGGUGCUCCCGUCGCUGCUGCCGCAGGACCUGGCGCGCUUCGACCUGGAGGACUGCGAGGCGGCCACCAUGCUGAUGUCGCUCAGCAGCUCGCGCUCGGGCACGCCCUCCUUCUCGCCCGUGUCCAACCAGUCGCCCUUCUCGCCCGCCCCGUCGCCCUCGCCCUCGCCGCUCUUCGGCGGCUUCCGGCCCGCCAACUUCAGCCCCAUCACCGCCUCGCCCGUCCUGCCGCCCCGCCGCCACCGGCACCUGAGCGGCACGGGGGGCGGGGCCACGCCCAAGCUGGAGCGCGAGCGGCACGCCUCCGGCGUCCUGCCCUCCUUCCACACCAACCUGACCUUCACCGUGCCCAUGAGCCCCAGCAAGCGCAAGGAGGCGCCCCUGCCCCCGCCCCCCCCCGCCCAGGAGCAGGGCGACCCCGCCCUGGGCCUCGGCCCCGCCUCCUUCCGCGUGCUGUCGCCCCAGACGCAGCUCCACAGCCCCGCCUUCUCCCGCCCCCGUGGCGUGACCACGCCCUCCAGCCGGCCCCCGUCCUCCAGCGCCGCCGCCUCGCCCCCGCCCAUGCUGGUGUCCCCCACGCCGCCCUCGGCCCUGCCCGGGGACUCCGGCCUGCGCCGGGUGGUGCCCGUAUCCCAGCAGCCCCUGCGCGACUCGCCCGUCAUCGUGCGCAACCCCGAGGUGCCGCUGGCCAAGUUCACCGAGCGGCCGCUGGCGCGGGCGGGCGUGGCCGGUGGCGUGGCCGGGGGGAGGGUCCCCGUGCCAAUCAACGCCGCCGCCACCAACGGGGCGGUCCUCCUGCACAGCCCCGCCUCCGCCCUGCCCCCCGGCCUGCCCGCCCAGACCAGCCCCGCCGUGGCCAGCCCCACCGCCAGCCCCUCCCUCGCUAACUCCGCCUCCGGGGGGCGGGACAGAGGCGGGUCCCUCCAGCAGCCGGUGGCCUGCCACCCCUCCCCAACCGCCCUGCUGCCCCUCAUCUUGCCGGCGGAGUCCCUGCACCCCGCCCCCCGCAAGGACAUCAUCAUGGGCCGGCCUGGGACAGUGUGGACCAAUGUGGAGCCACGAUCUGUGCCAGUGUUUCCUUGGCAUUCAUUGGUCCCUUUCCUGGCACCCAGCCAAUCAGAUCCAACAGCCCUGCCUGCAGAGGGCCAGCAACCUGUCAACCACCCACAAACAACCAAUCAGAACAAAGAGUUCCAGUGCGGCUCGGUGCUGGUGAACGACGGUAACGCGGCCGCCCCGGCCCCAGAGAGGGGGCCGCCGCCCCGCCCCCCUCCCUCCUGCGAUGACCCCCUUCCAGAGAGAGAGAAGGACCGAGAGAGGGAGAGGGAAACUGAAAGAGAGAGGGGGGACAGCGAGACGGAGAGCGACGUGGAUGACCCGUUCUUUCCCAGCGUGGUCCCCGAUCCGGCGCUUUCCGUGUCGCCGGUGAAGAGACGCACGCAGUCGCUGAGCGCCCUGCCCAAGGACAGCGACAAGAACAGCCCCAGCAAGAGAGAGAAGGACCACAUCCGGCGGCCGAUGAACGCGUUCAUGAUCUUCAGCAAGCGCCACCGCGCGCUGGUGCACCAGCGGCACCCCAACCAGGACAACCGCACGGUCAGCAAGAUCCUGGGGGAGUGGUGGUACGCGCUGGGGCCCAAGGAGAAGCAGAAGUACCACGACCUGGCCUUCCAGGUGAAGGAGGCCCACUUUAAGGCACACCCGGACUGGAAGUGGUGCAACAAAGACAGGAAGAAGUCCAGCUCGGAGGGUCGCGGGGUGCCUGCGGGGAAGGACAUGCGGGAGAGGAGCAUGUCGGAGACCACGGAGCCUCCGUCCGUGUCCCUCGGGGUGGACCUGAAGGGGGCGGGGCCCGGGCUGGCGGGCGUGGCCGAGCGGGGCGCGGGGGAGGGGCACUCCGGUCAGCUGACCCGCCCGCGCGCCUUCUCCCAGAGUGCAGUGCACAGCCUGGAGAGGAGCGAGAGGGGGAACAGCCAGGCGCUGGCGGAGCUGGCGCAGAUGUGCGGGGACGGAGGGGGCCAGUUCUCCGGCCGCCCCCCGACGCUCUCUCGCUCCCAGCGCGGGGUGAGCGAGGACAUGACCAGCGACGAGGAGCGCAUGGUGAUCUGUGAGGAAGAGGGAGACGAUGAUGUCAUCGAGGACACUUUCCCUGGCACUGCCAUUGAUCUCAAGUGUAAGGAGAGAGUGACGGACAGCGAGAGCGACAACGGCUCUGGGGAUGAGGCUGACCACAAGCGCGUCUUUGCUCCAGUGAUCUGCUCCUCCUCCUCCUCGUCCUCGCCCUCCAUCUCUCACUCCUCCUCCAUGGGGAGGAGCGCCUCUCUCUCCUCCUACCCCUCCAAGCGCUAUGGGGAUGGGGGCAGCGGUGGCGGCGGGGGGAGCUCCGAGCUCAGGAGGAAGAGAGGGAUGGAGAGCGGAGGGGGCGGAGCCGGAGGGGGCGGGGCUCCAAGGGAAGGGAUGAGAGGAGGGGGCGGGGGCGGAGUGGAGGGCGGGGGAGGAGGGGCCCCGCCCUCCGUUUCGCUGUCCCCGUCCGGCGGCCGGUCGGUCAUCUCCAGCGGGGCCCCUGUGGGGCUGUCCCCGCUCCUGGGGCUGGGGGGUGUGCGCGUGGCCUCCACCGUGGUGACCAACGUGGUGCGGCCCGUGGUGAGCACGCCCGUCCCCAUCGCCAGCAAGCCCCGCGAGGGCCGGUCCGCCCCCAGCCCGCUGCCCCCCGACAGGAAGCCCGCCCCCCUGCCGCCGCAGGCCCAGCUGCUGAUAGGAGCAGGAGGAGGAGGGGGAGGGGCGGCCGGAGGGGGCGGGUACUACUCCUCCUCGUCCUCCCCCAUCCCCGCGGGUGCGGGGGGCGGGCAGGGGGGGCUGGUGACCAAUCUGGUGCUGGGAGGCGCCUUCCCCAACCAGCCCACCGUACAGCUCAUCACCCCCCCGCCGGCCCCCCCUCACUCGCUGCCCGCCCCCUCUCACGGCCACAGCAACGGGCCCCUGCCCCUCUCCCUGCUUCAGCCCCAGUCUGUCCCGGCCACCUCGCUGGCGCCCCCCGGCGGGGGCAAGGCCAUCACGCAAGUGCAGUACAUCCUGCCCACCCUGUCUGCCAGCAGCAACCCCAAGAGCCCCUCCCCCCAGCAGACCGGCGUCUUCACCCUGCCCACAGCUCCGCCCACCCACGUCUCGUUGGCCAAUGGGAAGCAGUCGGUGGCUGGGCAGGUGACGGGCUAUGCCUCGAGUCCGGCGGUGGGAGUGGUCAGCUCCGUGGCCAGAGUUCAAACGCCGUCUCUAGUCUUUCAGGGCAAGUUGGUGGUCCCCAAGGGGAGGGUGAUCCCGCUUCCUGUCCAAAACGGCGCUCAGCCAGAAAGCAAGAUAAUCCAGAUUGCCCCCAUGCCGGUCGUCCAAUCGCAGCUCCCGUCCGGGGGGGCAGUGCAUCCUGGGAGCCCCUUUCCCGUUUCCAUGGGGACGGCCACGGUGAUGGCUCCAGGCUCCGCCCCCUCACAGACUGUGCUGCUGCCACCCCCACCCACGAGGUUCACAUACGUUCAGUCCACACCAGGAGGCCCUGCCCCUUUGCCUCUGGUGUCCACGACAACCGGCUCCUCCCCACAGCAGACCCCUCCCCCUCCAGGGUCCACCUACGUGCCAUCGCCCCUGGCAACUCUGGGCUUCACUGCUAUAGCGCCCCCUGGCCAGGCCUUAGUGCAGCCGCAAAUCGCAGGGCAGCCUCCUUUGCUGGCACCGGCUCAGUCUCCUAACUGCCCCCCGCUGUCUUCUCUACCCACCCCCACCUCUGGAGCUGGGGGGCAAAUAGUUACUGCCAUUUACCCUCCCCCCAGCAUCACCAUGGCAACGGGAGUGAUGUCCAUGACGACGGUGCCUCCCAGCGUGGUGUACACAGUGUCCAGCCCCUCGGCCCUCUCCCCCCACGGCCUGCCCAAACACACGCACCCCCCCCAGCCCGAGAGACCGUCGCACGCGCAGUCUCACUCGCCCGCGGACAGACCCCCCCACGCCCAGGCCGAGAGGCAGACGGACGCGCAGGCGCACCCGCAGGCAGACAGACAGGUGGACAGACAGCCCCACCCUCAGUCCCAGCCCUGCAGCAAGCCCAGCAGCGGCUCGGCGGUGACCUCCAGUGGCUCGGCCGCGUCACUGCAGGCGAGCAGUCCUCCCCUGCCCUCGCAUACAGGCAGUGCACCGGGCACCCCCAAGCUGCUCCCUGUCCCUCCCAGGACCCCUCAGAAAGUGAAGGCUGCGGUUGCCAGCAUCCCCGUGGGCAGCUACGAAAGUGGGGGUCGAGGGAGGGAGCGGGAGAGGGACAGAGAGAGGGAGCGGGAGAGGGACAGAGAGCGGGAGAGAGAGCGGGAGAGGGAGAGAGAGAGGGAGAAGGACCGAGAGCGAGAGCGGGACAGAGAGAGAGAGCGGGAGAAGGAGAGCAGCAGCAGCGCCGGCAGCCGCUUCUCGUUCGAGGCGGAGAAAGGCGGGGACGCCGGCUCCCCCCCGCCCCACCCCGCCGAGGAGGGCCCGCCGGACACGCCCUCGGAGGGGCGCGGCGCCGGGGAGCUCCCCGCAGGCCGCGGCAAGGACGGGGGCGCCAAAGAGACCGGGUGGAGGGAGUCCCUCCCCUCCUCGCCCUUGCCUCUGCCCUCAGGGGCGGAGCCGGCGCUGCCACCUCCGCAGAGUGACAAGGAUGCGCCCGCCCCCAAGAAGGUGAAGGCCCGCCCCCCGCCGCUCAAGAGGACCUUCGACUCCGUGGACAAGGUUCUCUCCGAGGUUUACUUUGAGGAGCGCUUUGCGGAGCUGCCCGAGUUCCGCCCGGAGGAGGUGCUCCCCUCCCCCACCCUGCAGAGCCUGGCCACCUCCCCCCCCGCCAUCCUGGGCAGCUACCGCAGGAAGAGGAAGAACUCCACCGACCUGGACUCCUCCACGGAGGACCCCGUCUCCCCCAAGAGGAAGAGCAGGAGGCGGUCCAGCUGCAGCUCGGAGCCCAACACGCCCAAGAGCGCCGCCAAGUGCGAGGGGGACAUCUUCACCUUCGACAGGGCAGGCACCGACGGGGAGGACAUCUUGGGGGAGCUGGAGUUCGACAAGGUGCCGUACUCCUCGCUCCGUCGAACCCUGGACCAGCGCCGCGCCCUGGUCAUGCAGCUCUUCCAGGAGCACGGCUUCUUCCCGUCAGCCCAGGCCACGGCCGCCUUCCAGGCGCGGUACUCGGACAUCUUCCCCACCAAGGUGUGCCUGCAGCUGAAGAUCCGCGAGGUGCGGCAGAAGAUCAUGCAGACGGCCGCGCCCUCGGAGAGCGGCGGGGCGGGGCUGGGGGGCCUGGACCCCGCCUGCCUCCCGGGGCCCUCGGGCGCGCAGCUCGGCGAGGGGGCGGAGCCGUCGGAAAGGGAGGCGGAGCGGGAGAGAGAGCACAGCCCCCCCGCGGACCUCCACGGCACCGGCGAAUCGCAGGACUCCGCCAGAUGAGCGCCGCGGCGACGGGACGCGCGGAUUCGAUCGACGGACACCCUGCAGGUCCCGCCCUCUUCUGCAUAAGCCACACCCCCCCCGGCCUCCGUCUGGCCGCCUCUCUCCUCCUCCUCUGGAGAGCGGUGGCUCAGUGGGAGAGAGGGUUUUUUUUGAGGCUUUGGAAGGGAAAUUUCAAACGAAAAGGGACAGGGUUUUUUUUUAGAACACACACCCCUCUUUUGUUACGCAGACUUUUGAAACACAGUGGCACAAACAUCCAUAGAUACACACGCACGUCUCACACACACACACACACACACACACACACACACACCAUCACUGCUGACUGACGCAGUGACCCACGCAGGACUAGCACUGGCACCACACCAUUAACAUUAUUGGUAAUAAUUUUAAGGCUUCCAUUAACACGGACAGAAGUGUGGACUGUUUUCCCACCGAUAGACUAUUAUCUUUCAGCGAGGACUGAAACUGUGCUUUUACAUGAGUCACAGCCACAGGUGUCACUGGGCUGGACCGGCUGAUGUAAGCUCGCUCCUUUUUGGCACACUUUAUUUUUUUAUUGGUUGAGCCCGGAGGAAGGAGCGUUGCGAUUGGCUGGGGAACAGGGCCACGGUGCCCCUGCAGGACGCUGAGAGACUGAGCGCCCGCCGCUAGGAUAGCACGCGCUGUCAGAGGGGCUGCUUUCCUGAAAGUGCACAAAAUGGAAUUUUUAUUCCCCCCCCCCCCCUUUUUUAUCGCUGCUCUGCCUUGCUCUUAAAAGCGGACCCGCGGGACAGCCUGCUUGUGGGCUGAGCCCCCCGGUGCUGGACUGAUAGAGCUGAACGUUAACCCCCCCCAAAACCGCCCCCCCACCACCACCCCGCCGCUGCGCAGAACUGGGACACUAUCUGGGUCACUUCAGGCGGCUCUGGAGCUGGGAGCGCAGCCCUCCUGUGAUUGGCCGCAAGAGAUACCAGCUGGGACGGACCGGAACGUUCCGGCGCUCUUGAUUGGUUGGCCGUGAAGGGAGGCGGCGGGGGGUGGGGGUGGUGGUGGGGGUGGGGGGGUGGGUAGUCAGUGGGCACAUCUUGGCGUAAGAUUUGGCAGGAGUUUAAGCGUACUUUUAUUCCGAUGUCUUUAAAGGCGAAAGGAGAUGGGAGCGAGGGAGCGGGGAAGCAGAACUUCCUCUGAAGCCAACCCAAGAGUUUUAGAGUUUCUUCUUUCUUUUUUUUUUUAAACCACAAACUUGAUUUUAAUCACGUGAUUCUCCAGUUCAUUAUAUUAUUAUUAUAUUAUUAUUAUUAUUACAAAUGCUGUUCCUCCUCUUCUUGUUAUUGUAGCUAAUCUGCUGGUUUCUCUUUCUCACCUGGGGGGAGCCAGGCGUAGGAGGGGAGCCACCCCUCUUUUCCUCCUUCGCUCCCUCUCUCUUUCAGUCUUCCUUUUUUACCUUUUUUUUCUGCCUCCGUACCCAUCGCCACGGAUACCGGAGAAAGAGAAGUGUUCGUUUUUUAAAAAUGUUACCGGGGAGGGCUGGGGGGGGAACGUUCCCGCAGAGAUGCUCCUCUCCUCCCUCCGCCCUCCUUUCAGAGCUUGAUCUUAUCUUUCCAUUAUUAUCCCUCCAUUUCUCUUUCCUCCCCCCUUCCCUCUCUCGUCACUUUAUUUUUUUCUCCCUCUCGCUCUCGUCGGAGAGCGCAGAGGGAAGCGGGGGGAAGGGGGCACAGAGAGAGAGGGCUGGGCAUCGGCCGUGUCUUCACAGACCGGAUCGUGUUGUACAUAUUUACUGUAGAGUCGUAAGACUCGCUAUGACAACAAUAAUAAUAAUAAUGAUUUUUAAAAAAGCGUAAUUGAAUUUCAAAGACAUUACAGGACAUUAAAACUGUAAAAUGGAAAAAUAAAUGAAUAUGAAUAUUAACACUUUGUGUUACUCCUUUUACUGAAAAAUAUACAUAAGAAGUCUAUAUUAAUAACUUAAGUUUGUAUCUAUUGUUCAGUGUACAAAUAAAUAGAUGUACAAUUAUAUUUACACCCCUGUGCUUCUCUUACUGACAAGUAAAUGAAGCAGAUGCUGUCUUUGUGAGGUGUGUUCUGAGGGGGAUAGAGAGAGAGAGAGAGAGAGAGAUAUGAUAAAGAAAGAUAAAAGUGGAGACAGGAUGCCAGACUAUAUUUAUCCUAACCUUUGGGUAUUUUGCUUAAAUCCGGUUUAGCAGUUGUAUUGUGUCGGGUGUAAAACGCGCGCGGUUGGAUCUGUGCAGGUUGUACGUGUGUGUUGCAGUAACUGUCCUAACUCUGGAAGGCAGACGUUUACCGUGAAGGUGGGAAAAAGGCUAGUCUUUCCGAAACUGGCAUGUUGACCAUGUGCAAUAUUUCUUACGUUUAAAACAGGUUGAUAAUAAUAAUAAAAAAUAAAAACAUAACACAUUU